AGUCAUUUGUGGUCACAGAAUGACCUGAAGUCACCCGAAUGGUUCGGGUUUUUGGAGUGCCCGGCGCUACCGGAUCUUUCAAUUUUCGAGAAAGCAACGGGCAGAAAUAGAUGGUGGUCUUGCCUCCGAACCAAGUCGAACCAAGCAACCGCGUGCCAUUGGCAUCCAAGACGGAGAAGAUAACCAUCGCUUGACCGUGUCAUUCAAGACCACAUACAUACAUACAGUCCAGUUAAGUUACCAUCCAUUGACACUGCAUUGAGUCUGCUGGUACAGGAUACUGGUGUUAGACUUGUUCUUGUUGGCGAAGCUCAACGGCAACCAACCAUCUUGGGCUGUGGCUUCUGCAACUGGUACCGUAGUCUUAGCCUAGCUCUUCACUGCUGGCUCUCCAAGAUACUCGUACUCAGGGUAGUACAUGUACUGGGAGAUUUUGGUUUGGCGAAAUUCCAAAGACUGGUGUCCACGAAGCUUUUUUCUUGGCUUGCUUGGUUAUUUAUUAUCUACCUAAUCCAUCCCUCCUGAAGCCUUGAAGAUUAGCUACAAGUUCAGGGGCAAAGGGACACACACACAGAGAGAGAGAGUCCUGAUCAGAAGGACAAGAGAGAGAGAGACAGAGAGAGAGAGACAGAUCUGACUGAAAUUCUCCCAAGAAAGGAAGAAUUGAAUUGAGCAACUUGCUACCCAAAGUCAUUAGCCAUUCAGCUAGUUUGCUACCCUGCCUACAAUCUUGGAUUUUCCAAGCUGAGUUGAAGCUGAAGCUUAUUGCAAGACUUGCAAGAUUUGUGUUGCAAGGUUCUAUUUUAAAAGACAGGGCAAUUUACAAUCUUGCUGAAGCAAGCUCAGUGGAAGCAAGCUCAGUGGAAACACUUGCAAAGUUUUAUUUGAGUACAAGAUGGAGGAUUUGUUUACUUUGGAUGAUGAAAUUGAAGCUUCGGAGACUUGUUCUCUGGGAUCAGAAGACAAAAGUCAUAUUGAAGAGCAUGAGUUGCCUUCCAUGGAAGAUAGAAAACUAUUCUUGACCUGCCUGGCCGCCAUUUUGACUUCUUCUUACAAGUACGAUGUCAUGGAAGAUGAUGGAGAUACAGCCACAACAACACAACAACAACAAAUUCUAGAAGAAGAGGAAGAAGCAGAUGACUGCAACCAAAAUGAUAGUGAACACCCAGAAAACAACAAUAAUACCCAACCAGAAAAUACAAAACCUUCCAAUGAAACAGAAACAACACCAACAAAGCAAACACAAAAGCAACAAAAAAUGACAUCCAUGGAAACUCUUUCCAGUGACGAGGAGCUUGACAAUGCCCAGGAAGCUGCCAUGAGGGUGGAUGCAGCCGUCACUUCCUCCAUGAGGAGUGCCAAUGACGUUUCCAUGUUUCUAGAAGAAGAGGAAGAGGACGAAGUGGCUGUCAAAAAAAGCAAACCAAAGCCAACAGCGCAAAACAACAACAACAACAGUAACAACAACACCGGUCCAGCACGGCGUCGAUGGAGACGAUGGGGACGUGGUAGAAACAACAACAUCCAAGACACUAGUAUGGACAGUAGUCAUAAUGUCGAAGACGAAGAAGACGAUGAUGAUCAGAGCACGCACAGCAACACGUCCAGCAACAGCAAUACCAACUCGAUUCGACAACAACAGGAACAAAAACAACGCCGCAAACGAAUAUCCAAGGCACAACAAAAACUACAAUUGGCAGCCACAAGACAUUAUCGACGUCGGUACAUUAUUGCCGAUCAGUUCUUGCAGGCAUCCUGCGAUCACUUACUACUCGACAAGGAAAUUAGUCAACAAAUCUACGACGAAACCAAACCCCGUCUCGAAGCACUCAAAACUCCUCGUGUCGUGCCGGCGGGCAGUAACUUGAUGGUCGUCUCGCGCCGCAUGUCGUCCAAACGAUGGUCCAGCAAUGUGGGAAGUGGUGAUGGCAGUGGUGGCAGUGACGGCAGUGACGACAAUGGGAGUGAUCAGGACGAUGCCCCAGAGGAUGUGGCCAAUGCGCAAGAAAUAACAGCAGUCGAUCCGAGACAAAAACAAAUGCAACAACAAUAUCUCAAACAACACGAGUGGAUGACCGAAUACGACCCGGAACUAUUACAGCAUUUGCCAAAACUAAGUCCCGGAGCAGGCUAUCGAUGUCUCUGCUGGUUGCUGUUUCAACACUUGUUGCAUGCCACGAAACGGGGAUACGAUGCGCGAGUCCGAUACGCCUUCAAAUCGCUCGCCGUCGCCGUACUGAUUCAAGAUAUCGAACGAACGUUGGAGUAUUCCGGGGACCACUUGAUGGAAUGGAAAAUCAAAAAUUACACCACAUGGGUCUCGUUUGCCACGCGAAAGUUUGAACAGAUUGAAACGGCCAUGGCGGAACGACUGUUGAAACUGGCCAAUGAUGCACAACAGCAACAACAAGAUGGCGAAGACAAUGUCAUUCAUGUCGUCGACGACAGUUUCGAAACCGCUCCAGCGCAAGAAGUCAGUUUGGACGAUAUCGAAGAAUUAGGAGCCGGGGAUGAAGUCCAAGUUGUCACGGUCAAGAAAAACAAAAAGAAACUUUCCGGUGCCAAAAAGCACCUGGUCCGUGGGCUCAAAAUUGGCGGCGUCGGGGUUGUGGCUGGGACGCUCUUGGCCGUCACUGGAGGCAUGGCAGCACCGGCCAUUGCCGGUGCAUUGACGUUUCUGGGGAUGGGAGCAGUGGCUGGAACUUUCAUGUCCUUGGCUAGUACCACGGCCGUGGUGCACAUCUUUGGGGUAGCCGGAGGGAGCUUGGCAGCCUACAAAAUGAGACGACGGACGGCGGGUCUUACCGAAUUCACCAUUGUACAAUCGACAUCGACCACUGCCAAGCAAGACGAUACCAGUGAAUCGUCGCAACCGGACUUGCUUCCUCAGGAAAAAGAACAGGCCAAAGCGCAACAACCACGUAUUGCCCGGUGGCGUGACAAAGCCAAGGCGUUUAAGAAUCGCAACUCCAACAACGGCAACAACAGCAAUAAUAAUAAUCAACAAGGAGAAGUAGAUCCAACGGCGCUUCCUGCAAAACCAGAACUCUCCCGAACAAUCUGCAUAUCGGGGUGGUUGACAGAUAAACAAGACUUUCAAAGGCCCUGGGGGAUCUCGCCGACAAAGCCGCCCGCUUCCAAGCUGGAGAAACUGCAACGAUUCUAUCGAGUUUAUAAUCCUGAUCUGAUACCUGUGUGCAGCAAUUUGUUGAAACGAUGGAAGAAGGAAGAGUCAACCUUCUGGGAGCUCUUGGAGGACAAGUACGGAUGCAAUCCCGAUACUCUGUUUCCUCUGCGGUUUGGUCCACGAUACGAUGCUUCGCUGACAGAAAUGGAGGUGUUGGUACUAGACAAGUUGAUUGUGGAGAUUGGCAAAGCGCGAGGAGAGGAAAAGAAGGCCAGGCAUGCCCAUCUCCCCGAUCAUGUCCAGAACUUUAUUGCCACACCUAGUCAGAAAGAUCGUGCGAAUGGCUUGGUAGAUCAUGCCGACGAUGGUUCAGUUUUGGCCUUGGACGACAAGAGCAUUGUGAGCGUGGUAUCGGAGGAGAUGAGUGCGGCAGCAGAGGAAAAGGAAGAAGCUCCGUCGCCGGGACACUUUCAAAGGCAAUGCUAUGCGUCCGUGUUUGAACAAGUAGCACCCUCAUCGUCGCUCGAAAACCUCAUCCCUCCAGCGCACUUGGCGACUGUUUGGGACUUUAGUUCACGUUAUGGCGGUGAAGUCUACAGCUUGCACUGGGAGACCCAUAUGCUGAUGAAGCUUUCUCAAUGCUUCAAGGAAGUAGCUCUCACAACGGCGGCGAGUGCAGGGCAGCAGGCGCUAAAGUUCAUGGUGGCCAACACCCUUGCAUUGGCGGCUUCCGUGCCAAUCUACUUGGUCCAGGCCAUGAAUUCCAUCGAUGAGACAUGGUCCGUUGUUGUUUCCCGUGCAGAAGAAGCAGGCAAAGAGCUUGCUCGUAGUCUGUUGGUGAACAACGCCGGGCAUCGCCCAGUGACACUCUUGGGCUAUUCCUUUGGUGCUCGUGUCGUCUUCUCCUGUCUCAAACAACUUCUCGUGUACCAGCAAGAAUGGGAAGAGUACCACGAACAAAAGAACUCUCGAGCCAUUGGCUUUGCCCAACAAGACGAGGACGGCAAGAGCCCCAGCAAAAGAGAAAAGAAGUGGAUGCUCGAAGAGUUGGAAUUCGAUCGAGAACCUGCUUCGGUUGUAGAGGAUGUUGUUGUGAUGGGCGCUCCCAUGUAUUUGAGUCUUUCCUCGUGGAAAGCGUGCCGUCAAGUCGUUGCAGGGAGAUUUGUGAAUGUGUACUCUCGAACCGACAAAAUCUUGUCCUUGAUGUUCAAGUACAAACAAAUGAUGGAGAGCUUUAAGCCCGUGUGCGGUAACUGUACAGUGGCAGUGCCUGGAGUGGAGAAUAUUGACAUUUCUGAUCUCGUGAGCAACCACCAGGAAUACGUUCUCAAGCUGGGAGACAUUCUGAAGCGAGUGCGUCAUGGACAACCUAUUCGUUCCUCAUCCAACGCCCUCGACGAGGUUGCUCUUAUCGCAGAAGCGCAGACCUUUGUCAAGCAACAAAAGAAAAAUGCCGAAGCAGCGAAGGAGGACUCAUCGGAGCCGAGCAACUCUGCUACAUCAAAAAGUAGGUGAUCAAUCCAAGUAGAAAUCAGCUAGCUAGAAAUAAAGUAAACCUAAUAAAGUUAGUUGGCGACC